CUUGCAGGAGAGUGGAGUGCAGUGCACAGGAACUGACAGGCCAACCAGCCGACGCUGAACAGACGACCACAUCUUAGUUAGAGUUGGAUUCACCAUCCCUUGCUGUCUAAGGAAGAACUACAGAUGCACCCGAGCAGAAGCCCUGCAUCACCUCAAGUCAACCAACACACAAACUCCAGGGGAUGUUUUUUUUGACAGAGCUACAGGUGUUUUGACUUGGAAGACGCUUUUAAGGGGGAGUCAUGAUGUUGCCUGUCAUUGUGGUUUGUUUCGUGUUCAUGCUAGCUGGAUCAGGACAAGCCCAGCGACAGAGCCAGGGUCGGACCACGAGGCAGGAUGGCUCGGCCACUCCGUGGAGGCAGGUGAUCCAGUGGGAGAACAACGGCCGUGUGUUCAGCCUUCUCAACAGUGGAUCUGAAUAUGUUCCAGCUGGAACUGCCGCUCAGGACCGGGAUCACACAAUAGUGGUGGCCGACACUCGCCCUCAGUCACACCGCAGGACCCAAGGGGGCAACGUCCGCAGACAGGCGCCCUCAAGGGGCUCCUCAGAGACGAUCCGCGGGCAGGCCAGGCAUCCUUUCGGCUUUGGGCAAGUGCCUGAUAACUGGAGGCAAACUGCAGGGGCAACAGGUGGAGCCCCCUUCCAGGGAUCCUCCGGUACUCGAGUAAGGCAAUCCACAUCCUCCUCAUCUUCCUAUCCAUCAUCUCCAUACAACAUACCAUCAUACCCUCAGUAUCCCAUCCCUCAGCAGCCUGUCUACCAACCAGUACCAUUCGACCCUGGUUAUGUAGAGGGACCAUACCGGAGCUACGAGCCACCCUUUCAGCCAGUUGCUGGUGGCGGUUAUGGCGGUGGAGCAUAUGCUGGUGGACAGGGGUACACUGGAGGGGGUUACACAGGUGGCGCCCCUGUAUUCCCAGGAGGUGCCGGUGUACUCCCAGGUAGUGCUCCUGUCCUCCCAGGUUCUCCCUCUGAAUUCACAGAUGACACUUACCUAUUCUACCAGUCUUAUGGCUACGGGUCCAACCCUGCGGCAGCCUCGCCUCCUGCACAGCCACCCUUCUCAGAUGGCCUCGAUCGCAGAUACACUCACAGUCUCUACAACGAGGACCCCGCCGUCGCCUCCGUCCCAGAUGCCAUAGCGGACCGGUCUGGACCAGGCACUGAUCAACUGCCCGUGCGGAGCCCUCAGUAUGAGCAGUUCCCGCCAUUUGGAAGACCCCAGCCACCCUUCUUUCAGCCCAUCCCAUCCGGAAGAAACUCUCCCAACUCUGCGAUCGAGCAAAGCAACGUCGGAAGCGUGUACCAACAAGACAGAGGAGGUUUACCCGACCUGGUGCCCGAUCCGAACUACGUCCAGGCUUCUACAUACAUUCAGAGAGCUCGAAUGUACUCACUUCGCUGUGCUGCUGAGGAGAAAUGCCUCUCAAGCUCCGCCUAUGACCCGGAGACCAAGGACUACGAUACGCGAGUGCUGCUGCGCUUCCCACAGAGGGUGAAGAAUAGGGGGGCCGCUGACUUCAUGCCCAACAGGCCACAUCAUACCUGGGAGUGGCACAGCUGUCACCAGCACUAUCACAGUAUGGAUGAGUUCAGCCACUACGACCUGCUGGAGGUCAGCUCAGGACGCAAGGUCGCAGAGGGACACAAGGCCAGUUUUUGCCUGGAGGACACCACGUGCGACUUUGGACAUCUGAAACGCUACGCAUGUAGCUCACACACUCAGGGUCUGAGCCCAGGCUGCUAUGAUACUUACAAUGCUGAUAUUGACUGCCAAUGGAUCGAUAUCACAGACAUCCAGCCUGGAAAUUACAUACUGAAGCUCCAGGUCAACCCCAAAUUCCUUGUAAUGGAAUCGGAUUUCACCAACAACGUGGUCAGGUGUAACAUUCACUACACAGGACGCUUUGUGACAACCACCAAAUGCAAGAUAACACAGUCUUGAUCAAGCACUGGAAGACCAACUAACCACACUAGAGUGACCCUGACUGCUCUUCCAUUGGAAUGUGAAUGGAACUCGCUGGCUCACAAUAGUUGUUUUGUUUGUCUUUUGCUGAUUUUUUAUUGUGCUGUUUCACAUUCCCACGUGGUGAAAGAAGUGGGAUCCACUGGCACUGAUUCAAUUGGGGUUAGGGGUUGUAACGUAAACGCAUCGUAUUGUGUGAUGCAUUUUGUGUGCUGUUAUUUGCAACAGAAUGCAUGGACUGUAACAUGCAUGGAAAGUAUCAUCGCCAACUACUGGCCUGGCAUGCAUAUUACAGCGUUUUCACUCCUUUUGGGAAGGCUGUGUGAAUGUUUGACAACCUUUCACAAGCCCACAGCAAAAAUGGUCCCCUCAUUGUUAUUGUGUGAACAUCCCCUUUAAAUCGAAACUCAACUCAAGGUGCUCUCUUGUAAACAAGGCUCAUUAUUAUUAUAAUUAUUAAUGUAUGUAAGCUGUACGUUUACACUGUCUUCUUCAACUACCAACACUGGUCAGAUGGCACAUACGUCAUCUAUGCCUUUUUUUGAAGAAUGUAUAAGCAAAUAUUCCACUGACGCAUGACUUACAUGACGGAUUACUUUUGUUGUAACUGUUGCGUUUUUUAAUUUUUUUUUGCCGAUUGUCAUGUCAUUUGUGACGUCGAGCUAAUCUGUGUGUAUUAUUUUAUCGGUUAUCAGAAUUUAUGUGCUGUUGGGGCUGAAAUGAAAUAAAUGCAGAAUACCAAACACAGAUGUGCACCUACCUCUCCAACUGACUCACUAGACGAUGUACAAUGUAAAGUGUCCUGCCUUUGCAAAGAUAAUAAUGCUCAUUUUUAGACGUAAUUCAUGUAACAAUAUUAAAGGUUGACUAUUAAAAUCUGUACCGGAUCAUCUUUGUCAAUGCAGAUUUGUGUAUUGGCUGUCACGAGAUUGUAUAUGAAAGAGUAUGAGGGACACACUCAAAGAACAAAAAAAAAUACUGCAAUGAUAAAGCUGUGUUAUAAAGAGAAUAAAGUUGUAAUUUAGACAAGUUGUCGCAAGGAAAAC